AUGGCCGCAUUCAACUUGAUGGCAAGCAGUGACGAUUUUAAUACCCGUCUCCUAUACGAACCUCUCGAGGGAGUCGAAAGACUUGAGAACUAUCGACAGGGGGGCUAUCACCCUGUACAAAUUGGAGAUCAAUUUCAUGGUCGAUAUCGAGUUGUUCAUAAGCUGGGAUAUGGCUCCUAUUCAACUACAUGGCUGGCCCGAGAUGAGCAAUCCUCCAAUAGAUACGUUGUAGUCAAAGUCUGCACAGCAAACUCAAACCCAAAGGAUGAAGUGGACAUUAUAUCCACCCUCGCUCAGCGUCCUCAUUGUUCUCUAGCAAACAAUAACAACAAUCCCGCAAAGACGACGAUGAUGAUAGUACCUUUGGUCCUAGACAGGUUCACCAUUCAUGGCCCAAAUGGCAAUCAUGCUUGCUACGUUGCGGCGCCGGUGGCGAGGGCUAGCCUCUCCCAGGUGAAAGAUGGUUCGUGGAUUCGCCUUUUCCAGCUUGACGUGGCCCGGUCAUUGGCUGCGCAACUCGUUCUUGUUGUGGAUUAUGUACAUGCUCAAGGAAUUGUGCAGGGAGACCUGCACCUAGGCAAUAUUCUUUUAAAAGUCCCGCCCACUUUUGACCAGAUCUCACUCGAACAAUUGUAUGGGAAAUAUGGAGAACCGGAGCUUGACCCAGUUGUUCAUCUAGAUGGCCGUCGUCGUCCGAUUCCUACUCCUGGUGUCCCAUCCCACGGCAUUGCGCCCAUAUGGCUGGGGGAAGCAAGCGAGGAAAUCACACUUGCAGAAGCCAGGAUCUUGCUUUCAGACUUUGGCGAAGCGUUUUCAUACUCAAAAGAAGAGCCAAAAUGCGAAUCUCGCACUCCACUAGUUAUUCGUUCGCCGGAGGCUCGGUUUGAACCAAAUAAACCUCUAUCCUUUUCAUCAGACAUCUGGACUCUUGCCUGUACCAUAUGCUCUAUCAUCGCUCAGCGGCCGUUGUUUGAAGGAUUUCUCGCGACCGAGGACGACAUGACCUGUGAGCAUGUCGAUACUCUUGGUAUUCUUCCACCUGAAUGGUGGAGGAAGUGGGAGGCGCGGCGAGAAAAAUUUACCGAGGAUGGCAAGCCAAUAAACCGCAAUCCUUUCCGAUCUUGGGACGAUCGGUUUGAGGAUAGCGUGCAACAGCCCAGGCGAGAUAGUGGGAUGCCGAUGUUUGACGCAAGAGAGAGGGAUGCUAUCUUCGACAUGCUACGGCCGACGCUCCUAUUCAGACCCGAGAAUCGUCCUACUACCCGGCAGAUUCUCGGGUCAGAAUGGAUGGUAAAAUGGGCUCUGCCUGAAUUUGGCAAGAUUCAAAAUGAUGUAUGA